UUGCCCCCACGAAGAAGACGGCGGUUCCACAACAAUAACACAGCAGCGGAAGAGCAGCCUCUCCCGGGGAACAUUUUAACUCAAUAUCUCGCCUUUAAUGUCGAGUUUCCUCUUUUAAUGCUUGUGGAACAUUUCCGUGCACUCAUUUUCUUGAAUGUUCGGAGUUUCCCGCGUCUCCCGCGGCCAUGGAGAGCCUCUACAAACGCAAGAUGUUUGCCUCGAUGCGCAAGACCAAGCAGCAGCAGCAGCAGCGGCGGCGCCAUCUCGGCCUGCCGGCCGCCAUCUUGGACGACAGUGACGAGGGCUCCUUCUCCUCCUCCUCCUCCACAUCCGGGUCUUUCCGCAGCGACGAGAGCCGGGACUCUGGCUCCGGCUCCGGCAGCAGCAGCAGCAGCGACGACAGCCGCGCCGUCUCCGCCCGCCGGAAGCGCUCGUUCCUCGGCCGCGAGAGCUCCUCCUCCUCGGCCUCCUCCGGGUCCUCCUCCGGAAAUGACGGAGGGAAAAACAAAGAUGGCCGCCGCAGAGGAGGCGGGCCGUUGCCGAGGAAACGGAGCCGCCUGCAGCGGCGGGAGGAGGAGUCGGACUCGGACCGGGAGAAGGACCGGGAGAAGGACCGGGAGGCCCCGGGGAACCGGGACCGGGACACCCCGGAGGACCGGGAGGUCAAGGCCAAGCGGAGGCUCCGGCACGACAAGCUGCUGGCGCUGGCGAGCAGGAUGAAGAAAGAGCGGGAACCGCCGAAGAGGCGGAGGAGCCCAGUUAAGGGCAACGACGACUCUAAGGAAGCGAGCGGCGGGAAGAACGACGGCAGCACGAAUAAAGAGGAGAGACGCGAGAACAAGGAGGAGAGGAAGAGCGAGGAAGAGGAGGAUGAAGAAGAGGAAGAAGAAGAGGAGGAUGAAGAGGAGGAGCAGUAAAAACAAACUUAUAAAGAAAAAGAAGAAGAAAAAGGACUCGCAACUGUUGUUUUUUGUAUAUAUAUUUUUCUUUAAUUCAUUUAAAACAGCAGGUGGACGUGUCCUCCGUGACGUCAUGGCGGACACGCCCACCUGUGACAUCACGGCGGACACGCCCACCUGUGACGUCAUGGACCGCGGAGAAUGAUGUUAUUAUGGUGAAAUGAAUGAAUAAAUACAUAAUAAUAA